UGUGACGGGGCCGCGCUCCAGAACGUUCCUUGGCAACGCCAUUUUGUGGCGAGCUGCGACGCGGCGGCGGUCCCCUGGUGGCGGUUCGUGGCGGCUUGGAGAAGGGCGGCGGGUACCCCGAGCAGCACAGCGGGUACCCCGAACAGCACAGCGGGUACCCCGAGCACGGCUGCACCCCGAGCUGCUGAGAUGCGGCAUUCCAGGCGAACUAAUUAUCCUGACUGGGAUGAAAAAGAAAGUUGGGAUCGCAGAAGAUGUGACAGUGGUCAUAAGAGGAAGAGGAGAUCAUUUAGUGGUACACAGGAGAACAAGCACUUCAAGCAUGAUCUUUCUAAACUUACUGAUAGUAACUGUUCAGAAUCCAGAUCCAUAAAUGAGAGAGACCAUCAUGAACGACGCUAUGUUGAAGAAUACAGAAACGAGUACAACCCAGGAUAUGAUAAUGGACAUCAUCACAGAGACCAUGAAAGUGGUUAUCACAACCAUAGUAGCAAAUCAUCGGGAUAUAGUGGGAGGAGUAGUUACAAAAGGAAAUACAAGACACAUCACAGUGCCUGUCAUCAUCAUCAUCAUUCACAGGUGAAGAGUCAUCGAAGGAAAAGAUCCAGGAGUGUAGAGGAUGAUGAGGAGGGUCACCUGAUCUGUCAGAGUGGAGACGUACUAAGUGCAAGAUAUGAGAUUGUUGCUACUUUGGGUGAAGGUGCUUUUGGAAAAGUAGUGGAAUGCAUUGAUCACAAAGCGGGAGGUAGACAUGUAGCUGUGAAAAUAGUGAAAAAUGUUGAUCGGUACUCCGAAGCAGCACGUUCAGAAAUACAAGUACUGGAACAUUUAAAUGCAUCAGAUCCCAGCAAUACAUAUCGCUGUGUCCAGAUGUUGGAAUGGUUUGAGCACCAUGGACAUGUCUGCAUUGUUUUUGAGCUACUGGGACUCAGUACCUAUGACUUCAUUAAGGAAAAUGGUUUUUUGCCAUUUAGACUGGACCACAUUAGACAGAUGGCAUAUCAGAUAUGCAAAUCUGUGAACUUUUUGCAUUUGAACAAACUGACACACACAGAUCUCAAACCAGAAAAUAUUUUAUUUGUGAAGUCUGAUUAUACAGAAGAGUAUAACCCCAAACUGAAACGUGAUGAGCGUACACUGAAAAAUCCAGACAUCAAAGUUGUGGACUUCGGGAGUGCAACGUACGAUGAUGAGCAUCACAGUACUUUGGUGUCUACAAGACAUUACAGAGCUCCUGAAGUUAUUCUAGCACUGGGAUGGGCACAGCCAUGUGAUGUUUGGAGCAUUGGAUGUAUCCUCAUAGAAUACUACCUGGGAUUCACUGUAUUUCCGACCCAUGACAGCAAAGAGCACCUAGCAAUGAUGGAGCGAAUACUGGGGCCUUUGCCUAGUCAUAUGAUACAGAAAACCAGGAAACGCAAAUAUUUCCAUCGUGACCAGCUGGAUUGGGACGAACACAGUUCUGCUGGUAGAUACGUCUCUAGACGUUGUAAGCCACUGAAGGAAUUCAUGACAUGCCAGGAUUCUGACCAUGAGAACCUCUUUGACCUCAUACAAAAAAUGUUGGAGUAUGACCCAGCCAAACGCAUUACUCUUGAAGAAGCACUAAAGCAUCCUUUUUUCUUCCCCUUGAAACAAGAAAAAAUUGCGCUGUCUCCUGUAGCUGAGCAUGCUGAUACAGAUGGUAUCAGUCCGCCAAAGAAACAUAAAAGAUUUUAAAUAUUUACUGUGUACAGUUAUUUUGUAAAUGCCCUAUUUGUAUUAAUGCCUCUCUUUGGAUACUUAAGUUUAACUUAGCUGCUGACAUAAAAGUUAUUUAAGAAAAAGCUGCUGAUGAACCCGAUUGUGUUUCCUUAACAAAUAAAAUCUCAAUACAUUUUUACAUUAA